AUGUCUACCGCCUACGGCCUUAACGUUCAACCCAAAGAUGAUCCUUACAUUUCGUUGGCUAAGGGCGGCCUCCAUGCCCUCGUAACGGCUGCUGUUCCCGGAACCUCCCUUGUGGAUGUGCUGCCUUUUCUGCAAUACUUUCUGAGAGUCUUGAAGAAAUGCGGGGAUAUCGAACCCUUUCUGAGAAAGAGAUCGAUGCUCGCUGCCAUCUCAUCGUGUAUAUUGGAUCUCCUCGAAUACCCGGAAGCUCUGAAGAAGGCGCAAGCAGAAAUUGAUCGAGUCAUCAAGCCAGGCCACCUUCCUGACUUUGGUGACGAAGCCUCGCUAUCCUACAUCACCGCAAUCGUCAAAGAAAUCAUGCGGCGGAGGGAUGUCAUAUCCAUUGCUAUUCCGCAUUACCUCGAAGUUGAAGAUGAGUACAAGGGCUACCGGCUUCCUGCUUGCUCUAUCGUCAUUCUGAAUGCGUGGUAUCCGGGCUCCUUUCCUGUACCGUUUUCUGUACAAGCUGAGGUGUAA